CAGAUUAAACAAUUCUCAUAAUCUCGAUAUGAAUUUCGAGCUCCACAUCCCGGCUUGCAUUUGCGUACCUGCUCAUCCUCUUCAUCCCCCACCACUAGAAAAACCGCUGAGAAUUCAAAUUGAAGGUCCCAUCGUUGCCAUACAAAAGCUUCUUCCCUGUAUAUCCUGGCAUACUGAUGCCUUGUCGCUGGAGUUUCCACAGCCCGCCGGCCCCGAGCUCGCCAAACUAGCAUACCAGGUGAUAUACGGGCGCCAUCCUCGUCCGGAGUGCGCAGAUGAUUUGGUUGUGCGGGAUGAAUACUUGGGCUGGGUCACGGACGUGAGACCAUUCAGGCACAUCGACUACUACGGCGUCACAUUCGACCACCUGGUCCCCGCCAACGACCCCGAUCCGGAUGUCCUGCAGAUCAACAUCCUCGAGCUGGAGACGGCGAGCGGACCGUUUGCCAACGGCGAGGCGUAUGCUAACCGGUACCUACGGUUUGCAGUCGACGUGGCGGAUUAUGUUGGGAAGAAGGUCCUUGCUGUGCCGAGAUGCUGUCAGAGGAGGAGGGGGACCCAGGAUCGUGCAAGAGUGAACAGCUCGGUGGCUGAGAGGGAUGCGGGAGUGGAGGGAGGUGAUGCAACGAGCUAGCAAGGAAUUGUUCACUUUUCGUGAUGAAAUGCCCGUCAAAUAUGUUAGUUCCUUACUCCGGCUACCAACCGGGGUGUCAGAAGAGGCUAGCGGUCGAGUUCGGGUUGUUAGUAGAAGCUUGGUCAUCGAACUGUUGCGUAGAUGAUGGGGUGUUUGGAGAACCCGCCUGCACAGCAAAGUUUCCCGACUGGGAGACAUUUCGACGGACACUAGGCGCUGGAGUCCCUGAAACUCUGUGGACGAUGAUUUUUAGGAGUGAGCGAAGAUUGAUUCCAUCCGGAAGACGUCAAGCCUGAGAGGCUCACAAAAUCUAAGCCUAAUCACCGUGCCCAAAUCCGCCCCCCCUCCUAAGCCAAAAGGAAAAAGAAAAACAGGAAGGCCACCCUCGGCACUAUCG